UCUAGCUACGCCCCUGGAUUUUCCGCCUGUUGUUUCGUUAUGCAAAGGAACGCGCAGAGUUUUACCAGAAGGAAUCUGAAUUGGAACUGUUGACGCGCGAUCGAAGGUGAUAAUUCCGAGCGGGACUAAUUAGAAUACGAGGAAGUUUCCGCCCGUGUGAAUCACCAACUUUUAUCUCGUCCAAUCCAAGUCAGCCACUGAGCAGCCGGCAUGGAGAUGAGUGCUGCCAUGUUCGCACGCGUGUCCUUCUACCCCACCCUGCUGUACAAUGUCCUGAUGGAAAAGGCAUCGGCCAGGAAUUGGUACGAUCGCAUCGAUGAGCAUGUGAUACUGGGAGCACUGCCCUUCCGCAGCCAGGCCAAUGACCUCAUUGAAAAGGAAAACAUGAAGGCGGUGGUGUCGAUGAACGAGGACUACGAGCUGACCGCCUUCUCCAACAACACGGACAAGUGGCGAAAGCUGGGCAUUGAGUUCCUGCAGCUGGCCACCACCGACAUCUUUGAGUCGCCCAACCAGGAGAAGCUCUUCCGCGGCGUGGAAUUCAUAAAUAAGUUCCUGCCUCUAAAGCAGAGAAUUGGCGGUCUAAGUUCCUCCUACCAGCCGGAGAACGUGGGUUCUGUCUAUGUGCACUGCAAAGCGGGUAGGACGCGAAGUGCCACUUUGGUGGGAUGCUACCUCAUGAUGAAGAACGGAUGGACUCCGGAUCAGGCGGUUGACCACAUGCGUAAGUGCCGACCGCACAUUCUGCUGCACACCAAACAAUGGGAUGCGCUCCGGUUGUUCUACACAAACAAUGUGGAGACCAAGUCAUGACCAAAACCGGACAAUAGCCCAAAUUUAUUGUUUACAGUAGAUUACCAUACGUAACAAAGGUGGUGCCUGUUACCCAACUACUUUAGUGCUGAUUUUCUUGUUGAAUAUACAAUUUUCUACAAAA